UCAAUUCAGCUGUUUCUCCUUAGUUCCUCUAUCUAUCUAUAAUGACAACAACAACAACAUCAAAUGUUGUUCUCAAGCUUCCAAAUUUAUCACAUAACACUGUCUCUGUCUCUGUCUCUGUCUCUGUCGGGUUCCUCUGUCCUAAGCCCCUUCAUCUGUCAUCGCUUCAUUCCAAUUUCAGAACCAAACUAAAGUUGCCAUCUUUUUCCAUUUCUAGACCAACCCAUUUCAAGGUUUCACAAAAUUCAAUCACAACCACUGAAGAAUCACUCUCUAAUGACUUGCUCAUUGUGGGUCCCGGUGUUCUUGGUCGCUUGGUAGCUCAAAAAUGGCGACAUGAAAUUCCGGGUUGUGAAGUUUAUGGACAGACAAUGACCACUGAUCAUCACAAUGAGUUGAUUCAAAUGGGUAUUAAUCCAUCUUUGAAAUGGACUGAAGCUACUCACAAAUUUCCAAAUGUCUUAUAUUGUGCUCCACCUUCCCGAACCAAAGACUAUGCUGAUAAUGUUAGGCUAGCUGCAUUAAGCUGGAAUGGUGGAGGUUCUUUCAUAUUUACUUCAAGUAGUGCUCCAUAUGAUUGUAAUGAUAAUGGACCGUGUGAUGAGGAUACUCCAUCUGUACCAAUUGGAAGAAGCCCCAGGGUUGACAUCCUUCUAAAUGCUGAAAAUGUGGUACUCGAGUUUGGCGGUUGUGUUCUAAGAUUGGCAGGGCUUUAUAAAGCAGAUAGAGGUGCACACAAUUAUUACUUAGAAAAAGGCAUUGUUGAUAGUCGUCCUGAUCACAUCCUGAAUCUUAUACAUUAUGAGGAUGCAGCCUCCCUCUUAGUUGCAAUCUUGAAGAAAAAAAUCCGUAAACAGAUUUUCCUGGGUUGUGAUAAUCAUCCUCUGUCUAGACAAGAAAUGAUGGAUCUGGUUAAUAGAAGUGGUAAAUUCAGUAAAAAGUUUGAUAAGUUCAAUGUGACUGAUGGCCCUCUUGGUAAGAGAUUAAACAACACAAGAACUCGACAGGAAGUCGGCUGGGAGCCUCAGUACCCUAGUUUUGCUCAUUUUCUCGCGAGCAUGUGACAGAUUCCUAAGUGCAUCUUUGCUGUUGGCUCUAAUUAAUGUGGAAGGAACAAUAGAGAGAUAUAUUAGGGAAUGCUUGCUGCAGACAGAAAGUUAAUGCGUGCCUGAAAUCUGAACUUUGUAUAUUUUCCUAUUUCUUCAUUUGGUAUUGUGUACAUGGAUGAUCAGUUGCUCAAUUGUCGUAAAAAUGCAUAAAUUCCAAAGUAAUCAAAUGGAGUUGUUUAAUAUUUUCUUGAAAAUAGUAGUUUUAAAUGCCACUAUCUUUCUGUAGUUGAAUUAUCAAUCAAGAAUGUAACAAAUGUACCUUAGCUUUGAACAUGAAGGCACUCCAUUUUUAAUUUUGUUUUUUGUGCGUGAUUAA